UGCGCCUGUGCCACAGCGAGCCCGUGCCGCUGCCCCGGGGCUCGGAGCGGGUUGGCCUCAGACGGCUCGUUCCCUCCUCCCGCCCGCCUGGCACAGCUCGCACCGGCAAGGGGAGGUCUGGCUCUCGGCGUCCUGAUGAAGCCCAGCUAGAGGAGCACGCUGCCGCCUCAGAAAGUUGGAGGAGAAGGAGGGGGAGGAGGAGGAGAAGAAGGAGAAGGUCUGCACAGCGAUGUAGCCCAGAACGUGGAACGGCAGCCCGUGGAAAGGCAUUUCAGCUCCUCACCGCCCUGAUCCUGGAGCAUGGGCUAAAAACUAUGUUCCUCUCCCGUGUGGAAAAUCAUUGCUUCCUGCUGUUUGUGUUUGUCUUCCAAGCAGUAUUCAUCCUGAUCCUCUACCGAGGUGGACCUUCGAAUGUGUUUCGCGGGUUUUUAGAGUCUCCUCAGGUGGUGGACUACUCGAAGCCUCACGAUGUGUACACAAACCUCAGCUUGUUCACCCGGGCGCGCAGCGAGGACACGAUGCCGUACUGCUCAGCGCAGUCCCCAGUGCUGGUUGGUCCAUUAGCCAUCAGCUUCAGGGUGCUCCCUAGUGAAAGGAUGAUCAUGAGAAGAAAUCCUUUUGUUCAGUCUGGGGGCCACUACAGGCCGCCUCACUGCUUUGCCCGCUACAAAUCCGCCAUCCUCGUGGCCUACAGGAACCAGGAGAAGUCCCUUCGCCACCUCCUCUACUACAUCCAUCCUUUCCUGCAGCGCCAGCAGCUCAGUUACACUAUCUACCUGAUUCAGCAGGUAGGGACUGGUUCCUUUAACCGAGCAAAGCUGCUUAAUGUUGGUGUCCGGGAAGCCAUGAAGGAUGAAGAGUGGGACUGCCUUGUCCUGCAUGAUAUUGACCUGGUGCCUGAGAAUGACUAUAACCUGUACAUUUGUGAUGAAUAUUAUCCCAAGCACAUGGCCAGCGCCAUGGAUAAGUUUCAGUACACUCUGCCAUACAAGUCCUUUUUUGGGGGCGUGUCUGCUCUGACUCCAGAACAUUACAUGAAGAUGAAUGGGUUUCCCAACACCUACUGGGGCGACGGCAGUGAAAAUGACGACAUUGCUACAAGGAUUUACUUAGCAGGAAUGAAAAUAGUCCGGACACCGCCUCACCUUGGACGCUACCGAGUGAUGGACUACAACGAAGAGACAGAGAUCCAGGAGCCGUGGAGGAGGCCUCCUUCCCAACACAACACCAGAAAAACGUGGAAAGCUGAUGGAAUGAAUACCUUACAGUUCAGGCUCCUUUCCAGGACUAAGCAUCCUCUUUAUACCAAGAUCACUGUGGACAUUGGAUAUGUUCCCCCAUUUUCUUAAGAGACUGAAAACAAAAGCAGAGGUUGGGUGCCACAUGGGCAUUCAGCCCAUACCUCCUGUUUUCCUGUGGAGUCUGCCCCACCUGAGAUUAACCCUUUUGCCUUUCUUCAAACUGUUUCAGACUCAGAAGAGGCUCCAGGAACAGAGUAUGACAGCUACUAAACAGUCUGUGGCUUACUGUAAAAAUUGUCCAAGUCACUGUAAAACCGACUCCUGAGCCAUGUCUCUGGGACAGUAAGCUGAUCCAAGCUUUCUGGAAGCUUUGGCCAGUAGCUGGAUUGCUCUGUCCUGCUUUGUACUUAAGUGUUAAUUGGGAUGCAAGCCAUUCUGUCGGACUGGCCUUCGAUGCAUUGUAUUUUGAGAAGGUGUCAAAGCCAGUUACAGUUCUAUGAGUAUCUUCUGUGAAUCUGAGUAAAAUAAAUGGAGUUAUGUGUUUGGCUUAAGAGUUUUAUAGAAUACUGAAUAAGAGUGUAAUAAAAGAGAAAGUUGCCCUGAAA